AUGAAGACAGUCAUCGCCACUUUUCUCAUCACAAUAAUCAUCGCGCUAGCACAAGAAUCAUUCUUAAGAGAUUGUACUAACGCACCCGACGGUCUCUAUGCAAUUGGUGCAUGCGAGCCACAGUUUCUGACGUGCUUCGGUGGAAUAGCUCGAGUAAUGGACUGUCCGGCUGAUCUCGCGUAUCACGAGAGUGAACAGAUUUGCGAUUGGAAGCACAACAUCGCGGGUUGUAGCGUCGAAACCGAAUCCACCGGAGAAGAAUACGCAUCUGGAGAAUCAUCUGGAGAUGCUAGUGGAGACGAUUCCGAAGAUGCUUCUGGAGACGUUUCUGGAGACGGGUCAGGCAGUGAUAACAAGGAUGGAAGUGGUACUGAAAUCGAAACAUCCGGCGAUGAAGUUUUAGAAAACGUUUGCGAAUCCCGAGAAGAUGGUGUCUACACAUCGGAAGUCUGCGCUAGUGCCUAUUUCAUAUGUACCUCGAACUCUCCUCGUUUCCUUGUCUGCACAACACCUCUUUACUACGAUUCAAACGGACAGAAAUGCGACUGGGUGGAUUCUAUCAAAGAGUGUGAGAAGGAGCCAACAACAACUACAGUAGAAGACAUCACGUCAGGAUAUAGAGCUUACGGAGAAGGGUCGUCUGGAGAAGAAGAAGAAGAAAGUGGACUUUUAACGAAAUCUUGUGAUGGAGUCGCAGAUGGUAUCUACCCAAUCAGCGAGUGCUCAACAAAUUUCCUCACUUGCUCCGGAGGUAUCCCCCGCGUCAUGGACUGUCCAUCUUCACUCUUCUUCAAUCCUUCUCUUCAAGUUUGCGAUUGGCAAAGAAACGUUGUUGGAUGUUCCGGAGUCGAGGCGCCAAAACCAACUUGCGAACAGAAUGGAUAUUUCUCGUAUGGCAAAUGCUCCUCCUCGUUCACCGCUUGUACAAAUGGACGUACCAUUGUAAUGUUCUGCCCCAACGGACUGAAAUUCUCUCAAAGAACCCAAAUGUGCGAUUAUGAACGCAACGUGUCAGAAUGCGAUGUCGAGUCAUCAGGAGAACCACUAGAGGAGAGUUCUGGAUAUUCUAGAUAUGGAGAACAGGAUUCCAAGCUGACUCCAUGUGUGAACAUGGAGAAUGGUCUCUAUGCUCUCGAGUGUACUCCACGCGUAUUAUCUUGUCAAGACGGAAAGGAAGAGAUCUUUGAAUGUCCGUCAAACCUAGUUUUCAAUGAGAAGUCGCUUAUUUGUGAUUAUCCGGAAACCUCCCAAAAAUGUCAACUAGAAGGUAUUCACUUGAUAUCUCAUAACUUUCCUCUAAUCUGCAUUGUUUCAGAGACUUUGUUGAUUCGUGAUGCGCCAAUGGCUACUUACGACUGCGAAGUCGAUGGGCUCUUCUCGGUCGCUCUGUGCUCUCGUGAAUACCACAAAUGUUCCGAUGGUCAGCUCAUCAAACAUCAAUGUGCUGAGCCGAACUCAGUCUUCUCGGCCGUCGACGGAGAAUGUGUCGAUUUCUCAACUCUCUCUCAAUGCCACUAA